GGAGGAGAGACGCGCCGGGCGGAGCGGGGCUGGGCCGAGGCCCGGGCGGGGAGCGCGGCGAGCCCGGCGGAGCGGAGCUGAGCCUGCCGGUUUCCGCUACCCUGGCUGCAUACUCGCUAUCAAAUUCCCCCAAGGGAGAGAAAGCAAGCAAACGCCUUAGAGUUAUCUACGAAAUUCACAAAAAGUCACUUCUUUGUAAAUUAUUACGUGCCAGGAAAACAUCAAGAGAAAUAGUCUCAAGAACACAGGCAAAGGAAUCUGGGAGAAGGAAUAUGGGUCUUCAAAACAAAUGUGCUAUAGGCAGUAAAUCUCAUUAACGGGACUUUGCGUCAAGGCAGAAACCAGUAUAGUGACAAUAAUAAUCCCAUUUAUUUACAUAGCGCUAAAUAUAUCGUUGCCACUUUCUGAUAAAACAAAGGCAGAUUCUUCAAUGGCAGAGGGCGGAUCGAAGGACCCAGUCAGUUUCUUCCAUCCCUAACUUCUGUGAAUCUCAGAUAAAUACACCACUUUGGAGAGAGGGGAGUGGGGGAAUCUCCGAUCUCCAUUAGACACUCAGCUCCAAGUUAGAGACAACAAGCGUUUCCCCUUCAGGCCCCAGAGGAAGGAAAUCAAUGCAUCUGCAGAGAAAGAAGAAGCCAUUGAGUUGUUUUGAAUGAAAAUGUGAUUGGGUUGUGGGGGUUUUUUAGAGGAUUGAUCUAAAAGGAGAGUGAGGAGACAAGAAAGGGAGACAGAAGACAUUGGCCUGCUGCUGUCUGACUGGCAGAUUCCAGUUAACACCUUAUCAGCAGAGCAGCAGGCAGCAGCAAAUCCUCGCCCGCUGAAGCUACACAGCGAAAGGAAGAGGGGAGGGUGUUCUGUAACCAGGGACGACAACAGCAACACUCCACAGAGCUACCGGGAGGAUAGAGAGAGAGACACACACACAAUAACCUUCCUUCCCAGGCUGUGCAAGCAAGGGCAGGGGAGGAAAAACAAAUCCACCUGCAGUGUUUCAUUUUUUAUGAAGAGAAACCAUGACUGAAAUGUAACCACAGCUCUGGUCGCUGUAAAAAAACCGAACCCCAAAGCCCUCUCCCCAAGUGUAAUGUAGCAAUUCUGUUUAUUAGCGUUAUUCUUCAAUUGAAGAGUGGGGUAAACUCCUCCAGGACUGAAAUCCCAUCUCCCAGAAGGUGGGAGCACCACUAAAACAAAAGCAAUUCUUCCCUCUCCCCCUUACUCCAUUGCUGCUGCUGCUUUUGUGUUUUUUAAAGAAACAUUGUUCUAGGAAGGAGAGGAGAUUGGAAGAAGAACCCGAGGUGAUUUUGAAUUGUUUUUAAAGUCAAGGCAAGCCUUCGGAUGACCCCUCAGUGAGAGAGGGGGAGUUACAAGGCAAUAUAGUGAUUGAUGUACUGAGUGAUCUGGAGGAAGAGCUGCUGGGCAAUAAUGGGGAAAUCCAACAGCAAGUUGAAGCCUGAAGUUGUGGAAGAGCUGACCAGGAAGACCUACUUUACAGAGAAGGAGGUUCAGCAGUGGUACAAGGGCUUCAUCAAGGACUGCCCCAGCGGACAGCUGGACGCAGCUGGCUUUCAGAAGAUCUAUAAGCAGUUCUUUCCCUUUGGCGACCCAACGAAAUUUGCAACCUUCGUUUUUAACGUCUUUGAUGAAAACAAAGAUGGGAGGAUCGAGUUUUCGGAAUUCAUCCAGGCGCUGUCAGUCACUUCCCGAGGGACCCUGGAUGAGAAACUGCGGUGGGCGUUUAAACUGUACGACUUGGACAACGAUGGUUACAUCACGAGGAACGAGAUGCUGGACAUCGUAGACGCUAUUUAUCAGAUGGUGGGAAAUACGGUAGAGCUUCCAGAAGAGGAAAACACACCUGAGAAGAGAGUGGAUCGGAUUUUCGCUAUGAUGGACAAGAAUGCCGACGGGAAGCUAACGCUGCAGGAGUUCCAGGAAGGCUCCAAAGCCGACCCAUCCAUCGUACAGGCCCUGUCCCUCUAUGACGGACUCGUAUAGUCCUGGGAUCCCAAGCUGAGUUGCCUGGGGGAAGAUUCUUUCUGUGCCAUCAGACCACCUCAGUAAAGAAGCUUGCCUGUCCCUCUCCAGCCUUCCUUUAUGUUACACGAACAAGGGAGGCGCUUGAAGUGUGAGGUCAUCCCCCGCACCCACUCUGCACUCUGAAUUAACCGUGUCCAUUUGCCAACUUCCGCUUUCUCAACAACAACAAUAACAACAACAAAAAAAGGGAAAAAAAGAAGAAAAAAGAAAGGAAAAAAAUAGAAAAAGAAAAAACAGUGAAUUUUUCAGCUUCUGGGGGUGGAAGGGAUCAUGCAUCGCUGUGUGGAGACCCCUCCCGCCUCUUGCUUUUACUUAGUAGAUUUUUUUUUUGGAACAGACUAAAAACACUAAAUAUUUUACAUUGUUUUCAUAGAAAAGCGCAGCAUGAAAAAGGAGCCAAAAGGUACUGCUGAGGUCUUGGAGCGGGCGGCUGCUGCACGCCGUCCGAGUGCUUGAUCACCAUCGGCUUCUGCUUUAUCGGCGGGGGGGGGGGACGAGGGGAUGGACGAUAAAAGGCAAUUGGAAAUGAAAGUUCCACAUCCCCUGCGUUUCCAGCAGCAGCCCAGCCGGCGUCGCUAGGGAGAUCUGUAUAGUUUUUGUGAUACAGUAUUGUGCUUUUUUUUUUUUUUUUGGAUGGAAAAAGUGAGGCUUUUGUGACUAUGCCUCUCUCUGUUAUCGAUAUCUUUAUUUAUUUGUUGUAACCGUUGCUGCUGUGUUUAGUCUUUCGUGUGUUGAAACACCUAGGUGAUAAAAGUUGCAAGGUUUACACACUAUGGCAGGGGGAGGGAGCCUGCUAUUGCAAUUAAGCCAAAAAUAUUCUCCCCCCACCCCCGCCCAUAUACUGUGCUUUGUCGGCUGGUUGAUGUUUUACGGGGGAUAAUCUAACCCCCUUCUCCUUAUUCCCAUACCUCUAGUCCCUGCACCCUGCCCUCCCUCCUUCCUUCUCUUUAGAAACUCAGCUACUACCCCUGACAAAUCCCCAGGCUUGGACUGAACGCUCUCCUCCCCUCAACAAGCUGUAUUUCUGUUGCCCUUAUGCAUUCAUUUUGCCAUCUUGCCUUUGUGUAAAGCAGAAUGAUGAAAUAUACAGUAUCCAGACAUUUUUCUGCAUGAAAAGUAUUAAUGGGGCCAAUAUUGUUUGAGCUUUAAAAUGACCCUUCUUUUUGGAAAAUCCUGGGACUGUCGUGUAUCUGUCUUGCGGGGCGGAUGGGGAGUUAAAAAAAUGGAACUGUAUUAAGGCCUUGCUAAGCCUCCAGGAGGUUGGGAGCCUGGAGUCCCUGUGGGCUGAGAACAGAGAUGGCUGGUUGAUUGUACAGUGUAAUGUUUUUGAAAAGAACCAGCAGGUCAGUGGAGCUUAGGAGAGUUGUCUAAGCAAACUACAAUUCAUAGCUGUUUAAGGCAAAACCCAAAGCCUUGACGCUGUCCAGAGCUACUUGACGCUGUCCAGGGGUGUCUCCUGUCCAGAGUGCUGCUUAGUGUCCUGGAGAAGGAAGAAUGGCUGUAGCCUCUUAGCGUUUUGCCACGUUUGCGCUCGUUUGAUAGUUUUAAAGUGCUCCUGAGUUUUGCUCUUCGGGCCAUGCAUUGAGAGAAGGCUUGUUCAGUGGGUCACAUCCAUUCCUACGGCGCCCAGUUUGGGUCACAAAGAUGGACCUGAGCUUUGAUAAACAGGAAAACAAUCAACAAAACAAAUCCGGCUUUGCCCCUUCCCCCAUUUCUGCUUGGUCUAUCUCCACCUUUGGGCGAAAUGGAAUAGCAGAAUAGACGCACAGUAGCAAACGCACCCAAGACUAGGGCAGGCAUUUGAACGGAAAGCCUCCUGCAGGUUUCCCUAGGCAGGUUUGUGCGGUGCCUGUACACACACAGUGCACCAUGAACAUCAGAGACCUUUGCCUUUCCACCCGCGUUUUUGGUCAUGCACCCAGAGGUUGGUGCAUUCCCCUGUUGUGCUAGCUAACCGCAGUGUUUCUAAGGCUCUGAUCACCAUGGGAUCCAAACACCAAGCAUUGUUCUGCUUCAGACUGUGUGUAACAAGAACAGCUGCAGAGUAAUGGAUUGGGAGGCAGGAGGAAGAAUCUGCUCUUGGGUUCUCCCAGGCAGUACUUGAAACCUCUCAGGGGAAACCUGUGAAAAGGGCAGUGACUCCAUCUUUCAGAGCCGAAAUUGCUUUUUCUGUAUAUAAAUCCCAGCCACUGUGCCAAGCACUGCUUCCCCUUCCUUCCUUCCUCUCCCACCAUAUCCCUACAGUGUAACCAGUGCAAGCUGUGCUUUGCCAGAGAUGAUAUACAGCCCAGGUGACCCAGAUUUGGCACUCAAAUGCCUGCAGGGUGGUGAAUGUGGGUGCCUCUUUGCACAGGGGCAGAUAUCCAUAGGAGGGGUGUCUCCUGUCUCCGUAGUCGGGCAGACUUCGAGAUCGUCCACACACCAGAGCUACAUAGAUUUGAAACAUGAACUCCGGCUCCAAAAACAGCUGACUUCAGUCGCUGGAACUAAAGAAGAGAUGUCCAUUAGCUGUCACCAGCAUUAAGGCUUCUCUUCUGCGUAGACUGCGUUAGGGGCGAUAUGGGGACACACAGUCGAGUAAGGUCUGAUUCCGUCCAGCCGUGAUACAUUUGCACUAGCUUGUACAUAACACUGGCUUUCUUCCAGUACUUUGCAUUCCAUGUUCAGUCCUCCAUGUGUCACAGAGCACAGAUGUUUUAGGAUGGCAACUGCCCCUCAAUCCCUGCUUGCUAUUGCAGGUUAUGGCGAUACCCGGGUCGUGGAAACAUAAGAGCUUUUGGCCUAUCACAAGCUGUGGAAACCAGGAAGGCUUUUCUCCACAGUCUGUGUCCUCUCUUUACCGCCACGCAGUUACGGUGGAAGUUCUCCGAAUCUUGUUCCAGAAGAAAGAAGAGUGAGCUGGUAUUGUAACUUUCUAGAGCGCAGCCUGUUUUCUUUUUUUUUUUUUUUGGCGUGAAACGAGAGGGGAGUGCUCUACCCGCACACUCAUCAGUGUAAGCAACUGCAUCUGCCCUGCAUUUUGCAUUUAAUACCCCAGUACCUUUUCUUUGGGUGGGGCUGGAAGUUAUUUCUCAUUGUGUGGUUAUAAUGAUGUCCUUCAUCCUUCCCAGCGAGGUCACCCACGCUUUCCAGAGCAAUAUUUUCAGCAACUGGGUCACAAAUGCAGCUGGUAUAAAUCACUCCACUGACUUCCAGGGAGCAACUCUGAUCGACAGCAGCUUGAGGACGGAUCCCUGAUGUGUGGGCAGCAUUGGGUGGGAGGCCUCCUGGCCCACAGAACACCAAGCCCAAAGGCCUGGGCUGUGAUCAACACUUCGGAGCUGUCUGCAGUCGCCUCAGCCAACCCAAGGUCCAACCAGCAAAGCAAGGAUUUUAAACAGCAGAGGUGGCCGGGGCGGAGAAUUAACUCCAGGCGAACUGUACAUGUCAAUUUUGGCUCCAAGUCUGGAAUUUUCAAAUCCCAUUAGUACCUAACUCCGAAAUCCCAUCCCUAGUGCAGAGUGGCCAUCUAUCUACGGUGGCUAUUUAUUCCCCAGCACUGGUAAAGAACUCUUGUCUUGUCCUACAGCUGCGUUCCAUUUGUAACAAUCACACAGAGCACUCAAACAUCCCAUCUAUAUCGUUCUUAAGGACCAUCCCCUUCCACAUGUUUCUCUCACUGGUAUCGGCAAAGCACAAAGUGUGGGAAGUAGCAUGAUCUAUUUGGUUGCUUGUUAAGCUGAGCUGCCAGAGCUUGAUUUGUGUGCACAUCCAUCUUGCGUACGUCCAAGCAGAACUUGGUCAGCAUGCUGCGUAACAGACCUAGCUCCAGAUCUAGCUUGAGGGCUUGGGGAUGACUCAUGCAUUAGCAGGUCAAGAGAGAGAGAUUUUGGGGGGAGAACCACAAAACUGCGUAUUUUUGUUCCCCUCAAAGGCACCAGUCAUGCAGUGAGGCCGGAGACCGUCCACUGGUGGGUUGCGAAUCCCAUGGAGUGCGUAGCUUGACUUGAAAAUGUGGUAGGAAUGUCCGUUUCCCCUCUUGUUCCAUUCACCAGGUAGGCUGGAUAGUCUGGAUCGGCUCUACUAUAACUGAUUCCUCCAGAUAGAGGCCUCAAGCCAGAAAAGCACAUGCUUACGUCCACCUUUAUUCAGGAAAUCACUUAAGCAUGUGCUUAAAUUUUCAUUCCUAAAUAGAGAUGAGUCCCUGGAUUGGGGCUUGAAUGAUUUCUGUCAUUACUUAAAAUAAUAACCAGCCUCUUCAAUGACUCCUGAUCCUGAAAGCCCCAUGGGUGGAAUGUUCUGAAACCAACAUGGUUCCACUAGGAAAUGAUCCUGUAUGAGACGAUACAUAUUGUUCAGAAAUAGCAUCAAGACACUGCAGUUCUGUAUGGUGAGAGGUUUUGUCUUGGGGCUACUGUGGUAUUGCUUUGUAAGGAGGGACCCAUUGACUGUGACACUUCUUGAGGAGACUUGAUCAACCUUAGGAGAACUCACCAAGCAACUGCUGCAUUUUAUGGCAGGACAAAUUCUGACCUCAUAGGGCCUGAUCCUGAUCCCACUAAACUCAAUGGACCAGAUCUUCAGCUGGUGUAGAGUCAGUGGCUCCGUUGGUUUUGAUGGAGCUAUGUCCGUUUUAUACCAGCUGAGGUCUGGCCCAGUGGGACUUUUGCAUUGACUUCAAGAGGAGCAGGACCAUAAUAUGAAUCUGUAGAGCCAUUGCAAUAGGGUUUUGAAGGUGUCGGAGGGCCCUGAGCUUUUCCUGGGUGCUGCUGGCUCUUUUGGAAAGCUUGGCUUAAAAUAAAGGAAGCGAGACAAGGAAUUGAACUCCUUUACCAUGUUCUCUUUAAGGGCACACAAGUUUUUACACCCAAGAGCCAGGCCUCUCUCCCUUUGCAGCUGGGAGUUGGCUGGCUUCUGCUUUUCCCUACAAUCUGAUAUGUUACAGGGAUGGAUGGGUGAAGAAUGGAACAUACCAUCCCGGUCAUGCCAAGGGAAACUCAAUUCCCCUGCUGCUUUGUGGCCAGAAUGCUCUCGUUUUUUGGUAGCUCUCUGCGGUGCCGCCUGGCUCACCAUUUCUUCCCCUCCAGGCUGGUCCCUUUCUGAUACCAACUGGCGUUUAAGGUGAAUGUGACACUUCUGUAACUUCCCUGGCUGAUAAAUAACUAACUGCACAAAGGUUAUAACAAUAGCCAGGCAAGUGUGAAUGUAUUUGUUCUGGCACUUUCCUCGGAAAGGCUUUUAAGUUUGGCAGAGGCUUUUCACCUUCCAGUUCAUUGUAUGAAGGAGCCACCGUAUGUCAAGGAUCAUUGGUCCAGCUCACACAGAACUAUUUUUUAACAAAUAGAUUGUCUUUGCCAGAUUUUCAGUAGCAGCAGCCGUCUCUAGCUCGGCCGCAGUUAACAACCCCUGGUCUGGGAGCUGCAGAGAGCCCUGGUAACGCACUCUCGAGGAAGCAAGGAAUCUCAGGUGUCAGCGAAACGCUUUUAUUUAACUAUCGGCAACAUGGGGGUGCUACUGGAUUCAGUGUCUUACUCGGAGAAGCCCCAAGCUCUUUCCAUUCCCAUGUCUCUCUCUCUAGCUUACUUCCAGGAGCGCCGCCAGCUUUUUUGGCGCCCUAGGCGGUGGAAGGUCCCGCCCCCAAAAUGCUGCCCCCGACAUAGGCUGCGGAAGGUCCCGCCCCCAAAAUGCUGCCCCGACAGAGGCGGCGGAAGGUCCCGCCCCUGAAAUGCCGCCCCCGACAGUGGCGGCGGAAGGUUCCGCCCCCGAAAUAUCGACGGCAACCGGGGCGGCCGAAGCUCCAGCCACCGUGGUCGCCGCCCCCCAAAUGUUAGCGCCCUAGGCAACCACCGAGGUCGCCUAAUGGGUUGCGCCGGCCCUGCUUAUUUCCUGUGAGCUCCUAAAAGGCCCAAAAGAUGGUAGUGGGCCCCACUGACACGCACCGCUAAGGGAGUAAGCGGAACGGAGCCUUCGGCCUCUCUGCCCUGUUAGAAAGAGUAGGAAAGAAAGCUGUGUUUGUCAGGGCGAGUGGGUCGAGAUGGGGCGGGAAAGAAGUGUUGGGUUUGAGCUCACGAGGCCUUCAACUGGUAGGGAGCGUGGAAGAGAAACGUACCGCACAGCAACACCCAGGCUCUGGCUGAUUCCAGUCCUUCCCCUAGAGCUGUACCUGAGGUCUUCGCCACAGCCCUGCCUGACCGCCAGUGAAAGAUGACUUCUGCUUGGCAAUUUUUGCUGACCCUCUGGGUGGUCGUCAACUGCUGCCUUCAGGACGGUGCAGUCCCCUAGCCCAGCGUCACUGUCAGACCCUCUAUUCUUUUAAUAUUUGCAAAUUAAAAACGGAAGAGUUUUUGAGUGAAUAAAAAGCUUUGGUUGAUUAAUAAAGAGCCUGUUGAAUCUUCUCUUUUGUAACAGUGUAAGUUUUCCCUUAUGGACAGGCAAGUCCGUUGCUGGAGCCAGACGUUACCUGCAGGGCUGUUUGAGAACUCAGCAAUGGAGUAUUUUCUCCCUGAGGGGCAGCAUGUUCCAGUGGGGAGGGUACGGGACUGGAACUGGUGAGACCUGGGUGCUAGUCGUGCUUCAACUCUUGACUCACCGAGUGGCUUUGGGCAAGUCACGUAGGCCAAACAUUUCAAACGUGGCCAAUGAUUUUGAGAGCCUGACUUUGAGAUGCCUUCAGCCUUGUUUUCAGAAGUGCUGAGCAUCCACCCCUCCAGCAGAAAGCCACGGGAACUGCAGCUUCUCAGCACCCCUGAAAAUAAGUCAGAAGGCAUCUCACCUGAGAAAACGGCCUUAACCUCUCUGUGCCUCAGUUUUCCCAUCUGUAAAAUGGGGUUGACACCUACCCAGUCUUGUAAAGUGCUUUGAGAUCUACAUACAAAAAUGCUGUCGGAGCGCUAAGUAUUAUGUGACUAUUAUUUAUUAUUAGUGAAUUGAUUUUGCACGGUCUCCAGAAAAUGAAACACAAAGGAACCAUGAGUAACGGGGAAAUCACUUCCUCCUGGUUUUGGAAUAUUCAGUUUAUUUCACCAAGACAUUACCUUUUUAAAAAAUAUCUGGGUCAUUAUUAAAAAACAACCACGGCAACUGAUGUAUUUGUUUUUGUGAUGUUUUCUGCACAACAUUUCCCGAAAUGUUCCUGGACUAAAGAGAGAAGAGUGGUGCAGCUGUGACAUUUGAAAAAACAACCAGUAAUGGAGUCAAAGGUGCAUGGCCAGCCUCUAAUAACUUGUUAUCUGUCACUGUCAGUGUUGCAUAGAUUAAAAUGCGGGAUCUGUA